GUUGAUUGUUGCAGGACUAUCGCGCUGAUCAUCAUUCUCGUUCGCUGCAGCGUGCGGCUGCUUUGUUCAUCGCGCGCAUCCGACGCUUCCACCAGCCAGCCGGCGACGCGCUCUCUCCCCUCAAUUCCACAUUUCUUCCAUCCUCGUACCCUUCUCCAUCGAGUUGCAUGCAUGAGGUCAUUUCGACUCCCCUGCGCAGAACACUUCCGCCCAUCAACCCAACCAAUUCAACCAACCCAGCAAACAUACAAAGUACAUCCCAACCUCGACGAAUCAUCCGGUGGCCGUGACAUUGCUCGUGUGGAGAGUUCAACAUUGGAAUUUCGGCCUUGCUUUCUCGAAAGGCGGUUACUUGUUUCUGUGCAAUACUUUCAUCACCCAUCACACCCACCCUCAGACGCCACUCUACAUACGUACGACAACGACGAGGCCGACGUUCAACAAGGACAGUACUACCGAGACCCUUUCCCGCCCUGUUGGAGUACCGCACGCGCCAACACCGUGAACGUCGCCAUUUGGGUCAUAUCUGCCCCACCACCCGUCAGAUUUCUAUCAGCCUGGCCACCUAAGAGUAUAAGGACCCGCCGGUCGGACGCAUUCCUCUGUGCCGAAUUUCUGAGAAAGGGAACCCUUGAGCUUGCGCGCGCCACUGCCGGGCAUGAGUGUUGCGCUGUAGGAAGACACAUCAGGGCUUCAGCAAUAGGAUGAGAUUACAGUCUCGCAGGACAACCGUUGGGACUCCAUCAUGGAGACGACCUUUAUAUCGAUCCAUGACCUUUCGGAUCAGGCCAUCACCCUCUACACAUCAGACUCGGUCGUCGACGUCCUCGGCUACACCCCCGAAGAACUCGUCAGCACAUCCGCAUGGGAUCACUUCCAUCCCGAUGAACUGCCCCUAGCCCAGCACAUCCAUG